UGCUGUAGAAGCCUGAGCUACAACUUUCAAACGAUUACAAACCAUGUAUUUCAUUCCGCUUCAAAUAUAUUGUGAUAAGGUGAUAAAUUACGAUGGAAGCUGCUAUAUUCAAUUUGUUCGUUUAUAUUUUAAGUUUUCAGUCAUCACUGUUUGCUAGUGUGCUUGCAGGAUUCCUUUUAUUGAUUGUAUACAGCUAUAUACGACAGCGAAAUAUUCCACCAGGGCCAUACGCCUUGCCCAUUUUAGGGAGUGUAGGAUUUUUUCGAGCUUUUAAACAAAGACGACAUCUUGUACUUUCUGACCUGGCAGAAAAAUACGGAAAUAUUUUCAGUGUAUAUGCAGGUACUCGGCUUGUUGUUUUUCUUAAUGGAUAUGAUGUCAUUCGCGAAGCGUUUGUGAAAAAUGCUUUAGUCUUCAGCGAGCGUCCGAACUGGUUACCUUCAUUACAAAAUGGAUUAUCCGAAGGCAAAGGUCUGGUCUGGCAGGGUGCAGGUCACGCAGGCUCAGCCAGGAAAUUUGCCGUUCAAGCACUGCGAGAAUUCGGACUUGGAAAGACAAGUCUUCAAGAUAAAGUGCUGCGAGAAAUGAAUGCUGUCUCGAGUGUUUUCAAACAAAGAACUGGCAAACCAUUUCGCAUGAAAACAACAUUAAAGAAAGCGAUUACAAACGUUAUACACGAUAUUGUAUUUGGUAAAAGAUUUAACUUGGAUGAAGAUGGAUUAAACAGACUAACAUUCUUGAUUGACGAAUUCUUCAGAGGCGGAAUUUUCAUUCCAAAAAACUUCCUCCCAAAAAUUUUAAGCACAUUAUUGCCGAAGAAUGAGGAGGAGUAUCAAAGGAAACAGAAGGUUAUUGGUGAAUUGAAGCAAUAUAUCUAUGGCAGUAUAGCAGAACACGAACAGGACUUUGACAGCCAUUCCAUCCGAGACUUCAUUGAUCUCUACAUUAAUGCAUCGAAGCACAGAAAUGAUGUUGAUUCUAGUUACAUACCGACAAAAGGUGAAGUAUUCCGAAUUAUCCUCGACCUGUUUUUGGCGGGGUCUGAAACAACAGCAAGCACGUUAGACUGGUGUUUCAUGUUCAUGGUGAAGUAUCCAGACAUUCAGGAAAAGUGCUACCAAGAAAUAACACAGUUGUCAGGUGUUUAUUCUGAUAAAGCUCACAUAGACUGGGCACGCAGACAACACCUUCCGUAUGUGGAAGCCACUUUAACAGAAGUUCAAAGACUCGCCUCAAUAGUGCCACUCGGUCUGCCGCAUGUAACAUCAAAGACUGUUGCAUUGCAAGGAUAUGUUAUACCGAAGGACACAAUUGUCUUUGCCAACCUCUACUCAUGUUCAAUGGACAGAAUUGUUUGGAAUGGUGUUAAUGAAUUUAAUCCAGAGCGACACAUUGACGCGAACAGUCAAUUUAAAAGGAACGAGAAGCUGAUUCCAUUUUCUAUAGGAGCAAGGAUGUGCUUAGGAGAUUCAAUGGCUAAGCUUGAAAUAUUUAUCAUGUUUACAAAUCUUAUAAAACGUUUCAAAUUUACAAAAUUUGGUGAUAGUGAUCUAUCUGUAGCACACGUUAAGGUGGAUCAUCCUGUGGCAAGUGCAGAAAACUUUGAAGUAAUCAUAACAGAGAGAUGAAUUGUCGUAUGCACGAGGCAGUACAUUCAUGAACAACAUAUUUCUAGAAUGCAGUACGCUGUAAAAUAAUAUUAGUCUGCUUUUUUAUUGUCUGAAACGUACGCUUGUCUAGAAUUCAGAGUUUUCGGCAACGUUUCUGUCACAAAGUGGAGAACGCAGUGAAGACUGUAAUAUGUUGAUUGCAUCGACAUACAUCGUUUUACCCCUGAAAUGACGAAACGUAAAAAUAAUGUUUUGACAAAAUGUACUUUGUCGCAUAAAAAACCAGGACGGAAUGAAAAACGAAUAAAAUAUUGUAUUUAGAA